UUUACUUCUUCUUCUCCGACAUCACCGCCUUCAGGUGGCUGCAACUCGCCGUCCUCCGCCGCAGGCGAAUUUCUAUGUAUUAUGAAGAUCUUCAACUAAUGUGAAAUCUGAGGGACUAAGCAAUGCUAUUUCGAGAAGAUGGUGCCUAUUAGGAAACUGAGCCACCUGAGUGCAAAAUUUGCUUUUGGUUCACUUAAUUUGGUUAUUGGUAAUUCUAUUGGUAAACUUUGUGGAUGCCAGAUUCAUGGUGAUUGGAAAUUAAAGCUUGUUAGUCGAUUAGUUGGGUUGUCAUUGAUCAAUGUAAAUAAAGGGCAUAAUAAUGUGGUUAGAUUUCAGCAUUUGUUAUCUCAAUCCUCGCAAUCCUAUUCGACUAUGGGUGGGACUAUCCUUGUCCAGGCUCAAGACCUUGGUAAAAUGAGUGAGGAGUUAGAACGUGCGAUUGAUGAAUGUAGGUUUGUUGAUGCUUGGGAGUUGCUGGAAAGACAUAUAUGGAUGGCUGGGUUUCCUAGAAAAUCGAUUCUGAGCAAACUUCUAGCAGCCUGUGUGGAGAGUUUAGAAGUUGAAUGGGUUGAGAAAGCUCAUGGUUUGGUUGAGCAAAUCUUUGAGGAGGACAAGAAUAAUUUAUUGGAGAAAGAGAGUUUGUUGUACCUCUCGUUGGGGCUUUCCAAGUGUGGAUUGCCUAUUCCAGCAUCUACUCUGGUCAGGAAGCUUGUUGAGAUGGAGCAUUUUCCACCCGUGGGUGCCUGGUCUGCAAUCAUUGGUUAUAUGUCACAAACUGGUGCUGGAGCUUAUCUUGCGGCUGAGCUGGUUCUUGAAAUAGGUUAUUUGUUUCAAGACGGGAGAGUUGACCCUCGUAAAAAGAUUAAUGCACCUCUGAUUGCUAUGAAGCCUAAUGUUACUUCAUUUAACAUAGCGGUAGCUGGAUGUCUUCUUUUUGGCACAACCAGAAAAGCGGAGCAGCUUCUUGACAUGAUGCCUCGAAUCAAUGUGAAAGCUGACACUACCUUAUUGAUUAUCAUGGCUCAUAUUUAUGAGAAAAAUGGGCGAUUGGAUGAGCUAAAGAAGCUCAAGCGACACAUUGAUGAGGCGCAUAACCUAACUGAUAUCCAGUUUCGACAGUUCUAUAAUUGUCUACUUGCAUGUCAUUUGAGUUUCGGAGAUCUUGAAUCUGCAUCCCAGAUGGUCCUAGAAAUGCUUCGCAAGGCAAAGAGAGCUCAAAAUUCUCUUGGUGUGGCUACUUUAUUGUUUGACAGCUCUAAAAGUUGCAGGAAUUCAUCAAACCCUAUGCAUGUAUCUGGGGGAGAUUUAACUCAUGGAAAUCGAGACAAAUCAGAAAAGAUCUUAUCUUAUCAAGAUUUCUGUAGAGACAGGAGGUUUUUAAAACUCCAGACUGAGACAGAAGAAAUGCUUGAUUUGUUGGUGGUCAAGUUGCAAAACCAAAAAGAAUUGAUAACUAGUGAGCGUGGAAUUCUCCAGCCAACAGAAACAAUAUAUGUGAAAUUAGUAAAGGCUUUCCUCGAUGCUGGCAGGAUACAGGAUCUGGUAAACUUCCUAAUCAAGGCUGAGAAAGAAGAUUCCCCAGUUUCAGUUGACAAUUCAGUCUUGGUUCAAGUGAUCAAUUCGUGCAUUUCACUUGGGUGGUUAGAUCAGGCUCAUGAUCUUCUUGAUGAAAUGCGCUUGGUCGGUGUUAAGACUGGUUCUUCUGUUUAUUCUUCUCUUCUGAAAGCAUACUGCAAAGAAAAAAGGGCAGGAGAGGUUACAUCACUGCUUCGAGAUGCUCGUAGAGCUGGGGUCCAACUAGAUGCAAGCUGUUAUGACGUACUGAUUGAAUCACAGGUGCUUCAAAAAGAUACUCAAUCAGCCCUUCAAUUGUUCAGGGAGAUGAAAGAAGCUAAAAUUCCAAGAACAGGUCAUCAAGAAUUUGAGAGUUUGGUUAAAGGAUGUGCAGAUGGUGGUGAAGCCGGUUUAAUGUCAAAGCUCUUGCAGGAAAUAAAGGAAGGGCAAAAAGUAGAUUAUGGAGUUCAUGACUGGAAUAAUGUCAUUCAUUUUUUCUGCAAAAAGAGGCUGAUGCAAGAUGCUGAAAAGGCUGUUAAGAAAAUGAGGAGUUUGGGGCAUGCGCCAAAUGCACAAACGUUUCAUUCGUUGGUUACUGGCUAUGCUUCUAUAGGUGGACAAUAUGUGGAGGUCGCUGAAUUAUGGGGCCAAAUGAAAUCAAUUGCUCAUUCAAGUGGAAUGAAGUUUGAUCAGGAGCUGUUGGACGCGGUGCUUUAUACAUUCGUGAGAGGUGGGUUCUUCACACGAGCAAAUGAAGUUGUGGAGUUGAUGGAAAAAGAUAACAUGUUUAUCGAUAUGUACAAGUAUCGUGCACUAUUCUUGAAGUACCAUAAAACACUCUACAAAGGCAAGGCUCCAAAAUUCCAAACAGAAUCCCAGCUAAAAAAACGAGAAGCAGCUUUGGCUUUUAAGAGAUGGGUGGGUCUACAUUGAAGACGCAAUUCAUACGUGAAUUCCAGAGCCCUGGUCAUGAGGCUUACAUUCUUCAGGGAUUAUCAAGCGAAAAAUCCUAUGCCCAGCCAUGAGAGGAGUAAGAAGAUUUAUGUUAUCAGUAGAUCACUAAGUGGUUAUCAGAUGUCUUCAUCAGAGGAGUGGCAUUUAUGAUGGCAGCUCGAGAGAUCAAGAAUUUAGCAAGGUUUUGUUUUGUAGCCACAAAUCAAAGAGGUCAAAUAUGCACUGUAUGAGAGAGAUCAGAGAUAUGUGCAUAUGAUGUUACCAGGAUUUAUUCUUCUGUUCCUAUGGAAAUGAGGGGAAGGAAAAUGGG